GCCCCAUGUUGGGUGUAGAGAUUACUAAAAAAAAAAAACCAAUAAACUUUAAAAUGGGGAUGUGGUGCCUGCCUUUAGGGAGUUCAUGAGGCUGGAAGGAGCUAAGAAUCCCUUAAAACACUGCCUGGCACCUAGUUAAGUGCUCACUAAAAGUUAGCUCCAUGUGCGAAUUUAAGAAUCCCUGUUAAGCAUCCUUCCUACGAAGGAAGAAGCUGGUACUGUGAUUGUGGGGGUCUGACAGAGGAGGACCCCGAGGUUUCAGACCUGAGUGGCAUCUCAAAGUGAGGAGCUGGGAGGUGGACCCCAGCCUGGCCGAGCCCAGGCCCCAGGCCCUGCAAGGGGCCAGCCCAUAGUGGGGACACGGGCAGUGGGGGGGUGGGGCCAGCGAGGUCGAUGAGGUCAUUCCCCCACCCGCCUCCCCGCCAGGUACACCCAGUUCAUCAAGCACUUCCUGGAGUCGGCCGAGCAGUUCUUCAUGCAGGGUUACCGGGUGCGGUACUAUGUCUUCACUAAUGACCCUGCGGCCGUUCCUCGGGUCCCGCUGGGCCCCGGCCGCGGCCUCAGCACCAUCCCCAUCCAGAAGCACUCCUGCUGGGAGGAGAUUUCCAUGUGCCGGAUGGAGACCAUCAGCCAGCACAUUGCCAAGACUGCGCACCGGGAGGUGGAUUACCUCUUCUGUCUCAAUGUGGACAUGGUGUUCCGGAACCCGUGGGGCCCUGAGACCUUGGGGGACCUGGUGGCUGCCAUUCACCCAGGCUACUACGCUGUACCCCGCCAGCAGUUCCCCUAUGAGCGCAGGCAUGUUUCCACCGCCUUCGUGGCAGACGGCGAGGGGGACUUCUAUUAUGGUGGGGCCGUCUUUGGGGGGCGAGUGGCCAGGGUGUACGAGUUUACCAGGGGCUGCCACAUGGCCAUCCUGGCGGACAAGGCCAAUGGCAUCAUGGCAGCCUGGCAGGAGGAGAGCCACCUGAACCGUCGCUUCCUCUUGCACAAGCCCUCCAAAGUGCUGUCCCCUGAGUACCUCUGGGAUGACAGGAAGCCCCAGCCACCCAGCCUGAAGCUGAUCCGCUUUUCGACGCUGGACAAGGCCACCGGGUGGCUGAGGAGCUGACGGCAGAGCCAGGGCUGAGGUGGAUGGGGACCCCCAGCCCUGCAGCCAGCUUGCCCCAGUGCCUCCCUUCUCGGGCCUCGGGUGAGACCAGUCCGGCCCUGCCUCAGUCUGUUAGCAGAAUUCAACCGGAAAAUGGAGGCUGAAAGCCCUUUGUAAACUGUAAAGUGCUGUACCCACAUGAGGAGAACACAAAGACCACACAGCCCUAGAACAGUCAGCCAGGAAGAGGGGAGGCAGAGGUGAAGCAGACAGGGCCUGGCAGGCUCUACCCAGCAGACGUGCCUUCGGGGCAGGCUCUGGAGUCAGCCCUCCUCCACACCUGAGACCCCACCUCUGCCCCCCCCUUCUGUUGCCUGUUGCCCUUAAAGUUGUACUUCGAAGCCCCUGGUGUGAAAGGCAGCCCAGACCCCUCUUCUCUGGCUGCCGGGGGUCCUGGGUACUCUGAUGUCCCCCUGCCAUACAGAGCCAACCCCCCGCUCGGCCCUGGAGGGAACCUUGGCAGUGGAACAGGCCUGGCUCUCUCUCGUGUCAAGCCUAGCCUGUACCCCACGGUGGGCCACAGUCCCUGCCACCAGCCACCUCCUUUGUAAGAGGGCUUGGGCAGCUUUUAACAAAGGUGGCGUGGGGGGGCGUCUGUGUGGCUCAGUCGGUUGAGCGGCCGACUCUUGGUUUUGGCUCAGGUCAUGAUCUCAGGGUCCUGAG